CUGAUCCUUCUUGACAUCUUACAAACCCUCGCUGAGCAGAGAGUCGCCGCAAGUAGAAUAGAAGGCCAAAACAUGGAGGCAGCGAGAAAUGUGAAGGAUGUUUCACCCCAUGAGUUCGUCAAGGCUUAUGCCGCUCAUCUCAAGCGCUCCGGCAAGAUGGAGCUUCCAGAGUGGACUGACAUUGUCAAGACUGGAAAACUGAAAGAGCUUGCCCCAUACGACCCUGAUUGGUACUACAUUAGGGCUGCUUCUAUGGCAAGAAAGAUCUAUUUGAGAGGAGGUAUUGGUGUUGGUGGAUUCCGAAGAAUCUAUGGUGGUAACCAGAGGAAUGGCAGCCGUCCACGCCAUUUCUGCAAGAGCAGCGGUUCAGUUGCACGACACAUUCUUCAGCAAUUGCAGACCAUGAACAUAAUUGACUUUGAACCCAAGGGAGGAAGGAGAAUCACAUCCAACGGUCAGAGAGAUCUUGACCAAGUUGCUGGAAGAAUUUCUGUUGCCAAUUAAGAGAUGAAAAAGCUGCCUUUUUUUAUGAAUACAUGAGUUGCUUCCACCUUGCAAUUUCAGCUUGGACCUAUAUAGAUGUAGCGUAUCGUUGAACCUUUUUUCUGCAUGUUUUGCCAAUUAUCUUCAUUGUGGGAUUCUUCUCUUUUUGCAUCAAUAUGCUAGUUUUGUCCUGUCAGUAUUUUAAGAUGUUACUUAAGAUUGCUGUCUAUUUGAGCAUGGCUUCCUUAUCUA